AUGGAGUAUGAAGAUGAAGAUUGGCUGUGUGUUUCUCUGGAAGACUUUUCUCUUGCUACUGAAAAUGGUAGUAACAAGGGAAGGAUGAGUAGGAAGAGGAACUAUGAUGAUGACACAAGAGAGUACAAAUCCAAGAACCUUGAAACUGAAAGGAGGAGGAGGGAAAAACUCAGUAGCAAGCUCUUGAUGUUGCGGUCUUUAGUACCUAUCAUCACAAAUAUGAACAAAGCCACCAUUAUUGAAGAUGCUAUCACCUACAUCAAGAAGCUGCAAGAUGAAGUGCAGAGUCUCCGCCAAGAGCUUCUCCAAAUGGAAGCAACUUCAGAGGAAACAAGCGAGACAAGGAUUGAUGAAACUAAUGCUGCAGAGGCAGAGGUUAAGGUGACACAAAUCGAUGGGAAUAAAAGAUCAUCAUUGAGAAGAAGAGGGGAAGGUUCAAGAAACUGA